AUGGGUAGCGAGUACACGGUGCCAGAAUAUAUGAUGGAAUGGGUCGUAGGGAUGUGGCCGAGUGUCGGUGGGAAGCCAUGGGAUGGUUGUACGCAUAUGUACGUACCAGUAUGUGUGAAUCAUCACUACAUUGCAGUGGAAAUCGUAUUCGCCGACUCCACGAUGUAUGUGUACGACCCCGAUCAUUCAUGCCUGACACAAGGCCAGCUCGAGCAAAAUCUAGAGUCGGUGUCUGUGAUCGUUCCCAUGAUGGCUAGACAAGCGAACAUCACUGUACAAGACAGAUUGGCCACCGUGCAGAACACGACGACGACGAGGCAGCAAAUAUCGGGUGAUUACGGCAUGUUCGUCAUCAAGUACAUAGAAUUUUUGAGUGUGGCACAUAAGGUUGAUGCAAUCAACCAGGCAUGGAUACAAAAUUGGAGAAAUAAACUACCUACCGUAUAA